CAGGAGCAACUUCCCCGGCAGAAGUACGCAUGCGCCUCAGUAUGUAAUCUUUCCUCGGAGGUUAACGUCCAAGUAUCCAUUGACAACAUAUUGUCGACAGAAAAAGUGAAAAUACUUUAUUUUAAUGUACGUGGAAGACGUUUGCGGAAUAUUCAUUGGAUGUAUUUACGCUGUACUUUUUUCCUCCUGGACUCAAAGUUAGUUUUGUGACUUAAUUAGACUGAAACCUAAUUCGUGGGAGCUAGUUCCGCCUUGUGCUCCCUGUGGGUCAUGGACAGCAGCGACGAGUGUCAGGAGUAACCAGGACACCGGUGGGAAACGCGUCUCCGGGUUUUGAGGGUCCAUCUCUACACACUUAAAGUACGUACUAGAAAGGGUACUAACGGCAGAGUUUUGGAAACUGUAAUGGAAAAACCUGAUGAUAAGGUUGACUUGCAAAAGAGCACAUCAGGGUCUGAAGAAGGAAACUCUGGAGGAGGAGCACCCCCAGCAAAGCGCAAAAGCAAAUUUUCCAUGGGAAAGUUCCUCAAGCCCUUUAGAUUUAAGAAGAAGAAGCCAAGUGAGAAGUUCUCUGAAACAUCUAAAGAAUUGGAAAGAAAGAUUUCUGUCAGAAAAUCUCGCAAUGAGCUGAUUGCUAGAGGAGUUUUAAAAGAGAUCCCUGAAAAUGGGCGCAACAAUGACAUCGACCUCAAAGAUUCACCAGUUAAAAAUGGGCACCCUGUACCAAUAGAUGCCGAUAGGGUGCCAGAAACUGGAAAUCGACAGGCUGACAUCAAAGCAGAUCCCAUUAGGUAUCCUCAAGGAGAAAACCGUCGCAACAACCGGGCGCCUCUGGAUGUGGACCAAUAUGCAAAGUUACCCGUGGAUGUUGACAGACAAAGCCGCAUUCCCUUGGACUAUGAAAGAAAAGGGCCUGACCCUACACAAGAUGAUAGAUACCGUAAAGACAAGAAGAGGGAUGGCCAAGAUGGCCAAGACAUUCAGGAGAGGAGGGAUCGAGACAACAGGGAGAGGAGGGAUCAAGAUGACAAGGAGAGGAAGGAUCGGGACGACAAGGAGAGGAGGGAUCAAGACGACAAGGAGAGGAGGGAUCGUGAUCGGGACGAGAAGGAGAGGCGGGAUCGUAAUCUUGACGAGAGGCAGAGGAGGGAUCGAGACGAGAAGGACAGGAGAGAUCAUGAUCGGGGCGAGAGGGACAAGAGAGAUCGUGAUCUUGACGAGAGGGAGAGGAGGGACCGAGAUCGGGACGAGAGGGGGAGGAGGGACCGCGAUCGGGAUGAGAGAAGGGAUCGUGAUCGGGACGAGAGGCAGAGGAAGGAUCGGGACGAGAGGGAGAGGAGAGAUCAGGACGAGAGGGAGAAGAGAGAUCAGAAUAGGGAGGACAGGGAAAAGAGAGAUCGUGAUGAAAGAGAAUGGAGGGAUCGGGAGCAGUAUGAAAAGGAAAAGAGAGAACUUGAUGACAGAGAAAGAAAAGACAACAAAGAGCGAUGGCUUGAGCGUGAAAGAAAGGAGACUAGAGACGACAGAAAAGAUGAUAAAGUAAGAGAAGAUAGGGACAGGAAAUAUGCUCAGGUAGAGAGAGGUGAUACCAGGGACAAACAGGAAGACUGGAUUAAGCAACAGGGAGAUGAUGGACGUGAGAAAAUGGACAGAAUGUUGCCUGAUGUCCGUCCAGUCCCUGACAUGGACUUGCGACCUCCAAUGCAGCAAAUCUUCGCAGAUGAUGACGCUCUACCCAGACAUAAACCAAUAGUUGAGUUCCGUGACCGCUUAGAGUCUGCCGGUGUCCGAUUGAUCCCUGACCCUUACCUGGAGCAAGAUGCCCAACAGCAACUACCCCUACCCAAGCGAGCUUUGGUUCCCCCUAAAUUUCUCACUGGUCAUCUUUCCAUGUCCACCAGUUCGACCCUGUCCUUCUCCUCCUCUUCCUCAUCUUCUAUCUCCUCCAGCUCUUCUGUUGAAGCUGCAAUUGCCAAGCCCCCAAGAACUGUCUCUCUCAUAGUACUAGAUGACCCACCUCAACUGCCUUUUGCUGGUGCUGUGUCAGCAGCUGGUGCAGCUAACACAGGGAACUCGCCUCCCCCUGUUCCACCCCACACAAAGCAGCCCCCUGUCCCUCUCCAUGUCCAGCAGCCCCCUGUCCCUCUCCAUGUCCAGAAGCCCCCUGUCCCUCCCCAUGUCCAGCAACCUCCUGUCCCUCCCUAUGUCCAGCAACCUCCUGUCCCUCCCCAUGUCCAACAACCUCCUGUCCCUCCACAUGUCCAGCAACCUCCUGUCUCUCCUCAUGCUCAGCAGUCACCUUUUGUUUCACACCUCAAGCAACCUCCUAUGCCUCCACCUAAACCCACCAACCGCAACAGCACUGCUGCAGCGCUUGCUUCCUCCCUGAACAGGGCGCCUCAGGUCAGGCAGCCGUGCCCCUGGAGGGGCUCAGGACUCGAGCAGAGCCGGGCGGGCCUCUACCUCUCUCUGCCCGUGUACCUGCGCCACAGGGCUGACCGGACCUGCUCAGCUGAGUUUUCUCAGGCCACCGUCAUUGCUCCUGCUAAACGCUCCCCACCAACCCCACCCAUAAGGAUGACCGCCAUCAAGCACUACUCUGUAGACCCCCCCCUCCUCACUCAGGUUCCAGAGCCGCCCUCUGUUAACCCCACGGCGCCUCCUGCUGCUCCUAAAGGUGGAAGCAGUGAGGACAGGACGGCGGAGGCUGUGCUCCCACUGCCAACCCACAUACCCCCAUCUCCUCCCAGGGUGAAGGUGCUCCCUCCACCUCCUACCUCACAUGCCGGGGCCGUUCCCGUUACCCAGACGGACCUCCCCACCCCCACCACGGAGCCGCCCGGCCAGCCUCCGGCCGUCCCGCUGCACAUCCUCAUCAAGAGAGCUCUUAUCAGUCCUGGUGCAGCCCAGCCCAACCCUGAGAGAUUGCAGAAGGCCUACUCAGCGCUCUUUGAGCUUCACCCAGAGUUCCCUGAAGAGGAACAGCAGAACUCGCGUCACUCCCUCCCCGUCUUCAUCGAACCUCUCAGACUGCCAGAGGAUGAUGACUUUGACAUGGAGGAAGAGCUGCAGAAGAUGAAAGCUCAGCGGACCCCCCAGCAGCCGGAGCUUGAACCCCGCAGCAGGAGGGGCCUGAUUGGAGACCCCAGGGUCACAGUUAUACCCGAACAGGGCGGCCACGAGGACGAGGAUGACUCCGACUCCGAUGGGCCCAUCAACUACAGAGACGACGAGGAAGAGGAGGACGACGAAGAAGGCCCUGCAAGUGGGCUGGCGAGUCGUGUGAAGAGAAAAGACACACUGGCUCUGAAGCUGGAGAGGCAGGAGAAGCAUGAGCGAGAACAGAGGGAAGGCCAGGAGAACCAGGAGGGGAUGACCUGGAACAACAGGGAGCAGUGGGUGGCUGUGAGGAACAGGAUCGGCACUACGCUCACACGGCGGCUGAGUCAGAGACCAACAGUGGAAGAGCUGGAGCAGAGAAACAUUCUUCAAGCCAAGAACGAAACGGAUCGACGGCUGGAGCGAUCCGAGAUCAAACGGAGGCUCACCAGAAAGCUGUCUCAGAGACCCACGGUGGCUGAGCUGCAGGCCAGGAAGAUCCUGCGUUUCCACGAGUAUGUGGAGUCCACCCACGCCGAGGACUACGACCGGAGAGCCGACAAGCCGUGGACCAAACUCACUCCUGCUGACAAGGCCGCCAUCCGCAAGGAGCUCAACGAGUUCAAGAGCACAGAGAUGGCGGUCCAUGAAGACAGCAGGAUCUACACCCGAUACCACCGGCCCUAGCUGCUCACAUCAUCAUGCAAAGCACUUGGGAAGAAACAGCAGCAGCUUGUUCCACUUCCUCCUGUAACCAGAAGGUGGCGCCAACGCACCUGAAGCAUCUCAGGAUGUUGUUGGACUGUGGCGGAGUCUGCAGGACAAGGUGGGCCUUGUGGGCCUGGUGGGUGUUGGAACGGCUCAGUGACUGAACCAGAGGGGUCCCUCACCAUGAGCCUUAAUGCUCUACCAGGCUGAGGGCAAACAUGAGACUGGUUCAGAACUAGCCUCUGAUUGACUGUUUUUGUUGAUCACAAUCCCAUAUCACUAGAUGAUUUUUGAUAAAAGCACCUUAUGCUUCCUAACGGGGUUGAAUAAAAACUUAACAGACUUUAAUACUGUUUAUAUUUGAGAUUUUUGAAAGCAGGAAAAUGUACAUAUUUUUCUCUUCCUGCCUGUUUUAUGGUACUUUAUAUAUGCUGCUCCAGAGCCGGAUGCAGCUGUAUGGAACAAUAAUGUAGAUUAAAUAAACUUUAUAUUGUAAACUACUGACUGGAAAUGCUGACAUGUUUUAAUUGUUUAGUGUUUCUCUGAUGUCAUUUCUGAGCAUUAAAGGUACGGAAACUGUAAGCUGUGUUGUCUGCAAACACUGAAUAACUGAUCAAUCUGAUUAGAAAAUUAAAAAAGCAAUGAUUUAUGAAUG